AUGGGAAAAGAGAGUUACGUGAGCUGCCUGACAAGUCCUCUGCCCAGUCCCACCAAGGACAAAAAGCCAAAGAAGUCUGUGCAUCACAUCUCCCUGGCUCCCCCUGCUCUGCAGACCACCCCUCUGGGAGACUCACUUGAUGAGGCAGGUGUCAUGGUAGAAGAUGCUGGUUGUGUCACCUGCAUGUCUGACAACCGCCAAGGAGCCCCUUCAGUGGCCUCCUCUGGGCAGUGCUCAGAUUCUGUCAGCACUUCUGGGCUUGAAGACUCUUGUGCAGAGACCAACUCAACCCCCAGCAACAAGGCCAACACCCUACCACUGCCAGAAAGUACUAUACCCUUCAGCAAUGGAGUGCUGAAGGAGGAGUUGUCAGACUUAGGGACUGAGGAUGGAUGGACCAUGGAUGCUGAAGCAGAUCAUUCGGGAGGUUCAGACGGGAACAGCAUGGAUUCAGUGGAUGGCUGCUGUGGCCUCAGGAAGACUGACAGCUUCCAGAAUGCCCAGGCAGACUCCAACCCUAAGAAAGUUGACCUCAUCAUCUGGGAGAUUGAGGUGCCAAAGCACCUGGUUGGUCGACUAAUUGGCAAGCAGGGACGGUAUGUGAGUUUUCUGAAGCAAACAUCUGGUGCCAAGAUCUACAUCUCAACCCUGCCUUACACCCAGAACAUCCAGAUCUGCCACAUAGAAGGCUCUCAGCAUCAUGUAGACAAAGCACUGAACUUGAUUGGGAAGAAGUUUAAGGAACUGAAUCUCACCAAUAUUUAUGCUCCCCCACUACCUUCACUACCACUGCCUUCUCUUCCAAUGACUUCCUGGCUCAUGCUCCCCGAUGGCAUCACUGUGGAGGUGAUUGUGGUCAACCAGGUCAACGCUGGACACCUGUUUGUGCAGCAGCACACACACCCUACCUUCCAUGCACUACGCAGCCUGGACCAGCAGAUGUAUCUCUGUUACUCUCAGCCAGGAACUCAGGAACUCUGUGUCAUGGGAGCCAAAAGGCUAGGAACUUCUGCAAAUAGCAACGUGCUGCUACCACCUAACCCCAAUCCGGUUUGUCCUGAGUUAGCAAAGGCACCGGCGAUGUUCUUCCCAAGCAAGCGGGGCUGGGCAGCAAUGCCCUUCCACAUGCUGCUGGGUUCCUGA